AUGAAUUACCUUUUGUAUCCCAGCGGGUGUUAUAUCACCCUUUCCACGCUGCCUGUGAGGUGCGAACGCCACCGACAUGCGUUUGGUUUGGUUUGGUCCGGGGUCGCAGUUCACGCGCAGCCUCAAUGCGCAGCAUCGGAGCGAAUGGCGGCUAGAUAUGAUAGAGCUAUUACUGUUUUCUCUCCCGAUGGCCAUCUGUUCCAAGUGGAAUAUGCGCAAGAAGCUGUAAAGAAAGGCUCUACUGCCGUUGGAAUUCGAGGUAAAGACAUCGUUGUUCUCGGAGUGGAGAAAAAAUCUGUUGCAAAGUUGCAAGAAGAAAGGACUGUCCGGAAGAUCUGUGCACUUGAUGAGCAUGUUUGCAUGGCUUUUGCAGGGCUUACAGCAGAUGCUCGAAUUGUGAUAAACAGAGCCCGUGUUGAAUGUCAAAGUCACAGGUUAACUGUUGAGGACCCUGUUACUGUUGAAUACAUCACACGCUACAUUGCAACACUGAAACAGCGCUACACUCAAAGCAACGGCCGCAGACCAUUUGGAAUCUCAGCUUUAAUUGUGGGCUUUGACUAUGAUGGGACACCGAGGCUUUAUCAAACUGAUCCCUCAGGAACGUACCACGCUUGGAAGGCAAAUGCUAUCGGAAGAAGUGCAAAAACGGUCAGGGAGUUUCUGGAGAAGAACUACACAGAUGAAGCUAUUGCAGGGGACAAUGAAGCGAUCAAGCUGGCCAUUAAAGCCCUGCUUGAGGUGGUGCAGUCAGGUGGAAAAAACAUUGAACUUGCAGUUAUCAGAAGGAAUCAGCCUCUCAAGAUUUUGGAAUCCAAAGAAAUUGAGACCCUGGUAGCUGAAAUUGAAAAAGAAAAGGAGGAGGAAGCAGAGAAGAAAAAGCAGAAAAAGUCCUCUUGA